GCAGUGUGCGAGUCCGCGCGAGACGGCUGCGCGAGCCCAGGCGUUAAGAGAGCUGUGAGAACUCAGAGCGCUUCAUCUUCAUCAUCCUCAUCAUCAUCAUGUUCAAGUCUGAUCUUCCUCCGAGUUAUGAAGAGUCCCGUCAUCAUCAUCAUCAACAGCAGGAGUAUUACAGAGCUCAGCCACAGGGGGGGGGUUAUCCCACACCUUACACCUUUCCCUCUCCAGUGUGGCAUGGAGCAGGAGGACCAGCAUCCGGAAUACCACCUGUUAUUCCCACCUACAUGUCCUCAGGAGCUCCGCCCACCAACCCAGACAACCCGGAGCCCUAUGACCUCGGUGCAUUGUGGGAAAAUAAAAGUGUCCGUCACGCGUUCAUCAGAAAGGUCUAUCUUAUAUUAGCAUCCCAGCUGUUGGUCACAGCCUCCAUCGUAGCCGUGUUCACGUUCGUAGACCCGGUGCGUCUUUUCGUCAUCCAGUAUCCUGUCAUUUACUGGGUGUCACUCGGUGUCUUUUUCGCUGUAUACCUUGUGCUGGUGUGCUGUGAAAAAGUGAGGAGACGAUUUCCUCUGAAUUUGGUCCUUCUGUUCGUCUUUACUCUCGCCAUGUCCUACAUGGCAGGAACAAUAUCAAGUUAUUACGAGACGAAGGCAGUGUUCUUGGCUGUGGGAAUAACGGCGCUGGUCUGUAUCGUGGUCACAGUCUUCAGUUUCCAGACCAAGGUGGAUUUCACCUCCUGUACCGGUUUGUUCUGUGUUCUGGGCAUUGUGGUUCUCAUCACAGGCAUCAUCACAGCCAUCGUUCUCUCCUUUCAGUAUAUUCAGUGGCUGCACAUGCUGUACGCUGCUCUCGGGGCAAUCGUUUACACUCUGUUUCUGGCAUACGACACUCAGCUGCUGUUGGGGAACCGAGCUCAUAGCCUGAGUCCCGAGGAGUACGUGUACGGAGCUCUGUCCCUCUACACUGACAUCAUCCAGAUCUUCCUCUUCCUGCUGCAGAUCACCGGCAGCAGCUCCGACUGAACACACACACACACACACACACACUGUCUCUCACACAGCUGCUUGUGCAUUUACAUGAUUAUAAUAUUUGUGUUAAUCAGAUCAGAUUAAUUAUAAACCCAUCUUCACCCCUGCUUCGUCCAGCAACCAGAGCCGGGCCUUUCACACACUCUCAGAUAACCAGCACUGCAGUGUGUGUGUGUGUGUGUGUGUGUGGUAAAUGAUGAAUCUGGCUCAGAUAUGUCACAAAUUAGAUAUUUAUUAAUGAAAAUCCUUCACAGAGCCUGUUAGUAAAUUGGGUUGUACACCUUUCUGUUGUUAUUAACACCCACACACACACACACACACACACACACACACACACACACACACCUGUACUGACUCAGUGUGUUAAUGUUCUCUGCUUGUUUGUAUUCACUCCAGACAGUUUCUAUUUUCAUAAUAUAAAACUAAACAGAUGUUUAAUAACGGCUCUGCCUCUUUGAUCAGUGCCGUGUCUUCGCCUCUAUUCAUUUAUUACUCCAUCACGCCGCUGCUGAUUUCUGGAAUCUGAUUGGUCAG